AUGAAAUCCACCGCGUGUUUGGUCACAGCCCUGAAAGUACAGCCCUACGAAGCCUGGUGGCAGCCCGAGGACACUACUGUCUGCCCGUCGCGCAAGCCUGUCUACAGCCCCGACCAUAUAAGAUUUCGAUUCGGAUAUUUCCCGGGGGACUCACACCAAGGCCCGAGGCCCGAGUCGCCGGCUGCGAAAUCCACUUCCAUGGACCUUGAGCCGGGGGAAUCGGGGGAAAGCGGCUUGACGCACUCCUGUACAGAGACGAUGAGUGUUCCGCAGACUCGGAAGGGUCUUGAAAUUUGUCUAGAUCGGCCGAUGCUGGUGCUGGGAGGGUUUGUUUCGUUACAAAUGUUCGAUCGCGUGCAGCGCCAGACGAUGUCUCCUCGAGACUACUACACAUGCAUCCAGCAUGCUGCUGUGAUCGGACAUCCGUUGAACGGAGUGGCGUGCGACCCCAAAGCUACCAGGCAGAGGGGGAGGGGGAACGAGGAAGAAUGGAGCUGGGAACUUGUUGCCACAAAGACUUGCGCGUACUGUGGCUCUCUCGUUGAUGUGCGUGUCGUGCGGGUGUGGUAUUGUGAUGUGCAGCAUCAAAAGAGUCACUACAAGUACCACAAGGCGUAUUGCUCGAAGUAA